GCUUCUGUCCCGGAGCGCGGUCGGGGCUGGAAUUGCAGGGGUGAAAGGGGAGCGUGAGAGCUAGAUCCCGAGCCGCGGAGCGCGCAGCCCCUCGUUCCGCCGCCGAUGACACCGGAGCUGGGGUCCAAGCGCCGCCCAUGCAGCAUCCCUGCGCUCCGCCGGCCGAGAGUUGACGACAAAACUCUAAACCGUCUUCACUGCGGGGAGCCAUGAGCUGUUUGGAUGUUAUGUACCAAGUCUACGGUCCUCACCAGCCCUACUUCACAGCCGCCUACACCCCCUACCACCAGAAACUAGCUUAUUACUCCAAAAUGCAGGAAGCCCAAGAGUGCAACGCCAGCCCCAGCAACAGCAGCGGCAGCGGUAGCUCCUCUUUUUCCAGCCAAACUCCGGCCAGUAUAAAGGAGGAAGAAGGCAGCCCAGAGAAAGAGCGCCCACCAGAGGCGGAAUACAUCAACUCCCGCUGCGUCCUCUUCACCUAUUUCCAGGGGGACAUCAGCUCCGUGGUGGACGAACACUUCAGCAGGGCCCUGAGCCAGCCUAGCAGCUAUUCCCCAAGCUGUACAAGCAGCAACGCACCGAGGAGCUCCGGGCCCUGGCGAGCUCGUCGCUAUUCGCUCUGUGGUGCAUCCCUCCUGAGCUGACCUGCUGACCCAGGGCUCCCCUUUCCCUUUCCCUUCUGACCAGCCAGAAGGCUCAGCAUCUGUGCCUCUCACUGCAAGGAUGAGGACACGGGGAAAGGCAGAGACUUCGAACUUCUCCCUGUGUGGGGAAAACCAAAACAAACAUCUCAGAAAUUUCAUCUAAAAAUAAUUCCUUCUGCCAAAAGAGCAGAUCCAAAGACUCUGAAUUAUGUUUAAUGACUUUUGGGUAAAUCACUGGAAAUAUUUGUGGUGAGAUCACUUAGGUGAUAUGAUAUCAUAAGUUUUCUUGGAAGGAGGGAAAGAAAAAAGGACUUUAUGGUGUGAAUAUUUUUUAUGCUGAUGUGAAUUAUUUCAUUAAGUAGUGUGAUCGUAGCACUACUGAUGUCAAUAUCCCCGGAUUUAAAAUGUAUUUGUAUUUGCAUUGAAGACUGGUAGAGAAGUUAAAAGAAGGCGAUCAUUCUUCCUCACCUUGGUAGCCUCCAGCUCCCUUCCUGCCCACUCCCUUCCUACAACCCCGACUCCAGGCACAAAGACACACUUCUUUUCUUUGGAUUGUGAACAUGGAAACCUCAGCCUGAAUGUGAGUGGCAAGUAGCUCAUGAGGAACCACCUGCCCAAGUCUUAUUGAAAUGCAGCUGUUGUAGGACAACUGUUUAAAACUCCAGAAAUACAUCGACCAAGGUGGCACUUCCCAGUGUUUGGCACAACAAUUGCAAUUGCACUGGAUAUAUUUUAUAUGUGUGUGUGUAUAUAUCAUAUUUUUUACAAGGAACAUUUUACAAUGAAAGAAGAAACCCUGUUCUGCCUUCUUUCCCACAAAUUCUGUCCCUUGCUCUUUCCUCCCCUGGAUGAAAACAAAAGCAUCAAGAGACCCCAACUGUCUCCAUGAAGAAGUAGAAAUCAGCUCAAGGGAAAGGAAUGUUCCAUGGAGUCUCCAAUACCUCGGAUACUUUUCUCAGUCUCUAUGGUCAUGACUUGGUCACUUUAGUGUUGGGACAGGGGAAGGGGUCUGUGCAUGGGAAACGCUGAAGGUGAUGAGGAAGAAGAAACAAACAUUAAAGGUAUCUGUUUACUA